AUGCCUUCACAAUCAUCAUCGUCUUCCAAGAAGGAGUCUGGAGCAGUGAUGCCUUCACAAUCAUCAUCCACAACAACAACCACAGUGAAUAAAAGAGCUGCUUUGAAGGAUCGUCUCUUCCAACACAUUGAAAAAUUCUUCCAUCUUCAUCCACAUCAAAUUGAUUCAAAACUCAUUACCGAACUUUCUCAACUUUUACGCUCCGAGAAUGUAGGAAAGGAAGACGUACUCCACUUUUUCCUUUCCUUGUUUGAAUUGUGUAUGAGAGAAGAGUCUAUUCAGAAAACAACAAGCCUCGUUGUUGGACUGAAGAAAAAAUCGGAACACGGUAUUUUGAGUGUUCUUGAUUCAACUCUCAUAUCCACUCUCUGUACAACCUUGUUAGCGAGUGUGGUUACAUCAUACGUUCAACAAGAAAUUAAUUUAUUCUCACCUGAAGAGUUAUAUAAAUUAUUGAAACAAAAGCAGCAGCAAUCAAGUAGUGAUGUCUUUGAGCAACAAGUAAAAGUAAGGCUUGUUUUCAUUACCGGAUGCUUUCUGAGCGGUGCUGUGUUUUGCUGCCAUCAACAACAAGGAAAGAAGGACCAUAAAUCAAGACCAUUCCAUCUCCGACUGAUUGAGGAUGUUCAACAAGAUUAUCGACGAUUGUUGAAGAAGCUGAAGGCAGUAUCGGAAAAGAAGGAACGACACGAAAAUGAACAACAAAUGAAUACUAGCGAAUCGCAGAGUACUGAAGAAGAAGCACAACAACACCAAUUAGCAAUUUUGAACGUUUUACUUGUUGAGGCAUUUGGUGUGAUUCUUAGUUGCAUGAAACAACAAUCCCAGAAAAAGAACUCUGUCGUUUCGAAAAAAGACUUGGAAACAUUUGCGUUUGAAUUGGAAACAAGCUUCUUGCCAGAAAUUGUGGACAAUACACCAUCAUUGAACGAUGACGAAACCAAUGGCAAUGACGCUUCUGAACGAAAGAAGAAAACACUCAAGGAUAGAACCGUGGUCAUGGAUGGAGCGUUUAUUAGGAAUAUGCUUCAGAGUACAUAUACUGAGCUUUCACAGUACAUGCUUCAUCAUUAUAUUCAACAAUAUUGCCCAACUGCUAUCAAUGAACGUAACAUGAUCAUGACAGGAGGUAAUUCAGCCAACUCUGAGAAUGAAGCUAUGAAUGAAAAUUCUAUCCUCAUGACUCGAUCGUUUGUAAUUGCUCUUUGCAAUUAUAUGGCUGAUUUCCGUCACUUACCUGUGCAAUGUGUCAUGACACAAUUCCUCACAAAUCUCAUCGUACCCACUCUUGCCUUUGGAAUGAAAAAGAAGAAAAAACAAGCAAUUGACACCAGUAUGGAAAGCGAUCGAUUUUUACUUGCAAAGGAACUCUUGGAAAGCUUCUUUACCCAAUUAUUCACACAAAUGCAAGUACCUCCAUCUCCUCUGCAACAACCAAAGAGCGGUAGCGCCAACGACAUUAUUGCCCAAUUAUCAACCCGAAAAGGGUAUUGGUGGGAGGUUCAGGUAUUCCAAGACGUUGUCGAAUGUUUGAAUAACGCCGAUAAGAAUGUGAUGAACUAUAUUCUCGACGAAAUUUUACCAUUGGGAGAAAUGGAAAACUCUGUGAAUCCUUUCUUGUUAAUGUGGGGUGCCUGUUUGAACGAAUGCAAACAAUUCUUGAAGAAUGUCCCAUCAUUGACACCAGCUAGCCCAACAGGAAACAACACAUUACUUAACUCUUUACUGAUGCUUGUCGUCAAAAAACAAGAACAAAAGAAGCGUAAGCGAGCUGAAUCAGGCGAGGAAAACAUAAAUCUAGAGACAGAAUCGAUCAAGAAUGAACUCAAGAUGAAGCAAGUUCGUGAAACUUUUUUCAAUUACCAGCUAUGGUUAGGAUCUUGUUUGCGACCAAGAAUUUUAAGUCUUACCUCUGCAAAUCCUUCUCUCUCUAAAUUCCUUCUCUCUAGGGAAUCCGUUUUGUGCAAGGUUUCCAAUACUUUAGGUAGAUACACUACUGACAAUGGCAAACUUUCAUCAUUUACAAUGGAAGCAGAUAAAAAGAAGAAGCGAAAUAUGGAAGAUGAUGAGGACGAGUUCACUUCUUCAAGCCGUAAAACAUCCAGAUCUUUGAUUAGAACGUUAUCUUCAUGGCUAAGAGAUGCUAUCAAGCUCAGAGUAGGCACAAUUACUCGUUCUAUUUUAAUGAUUUUAGAGCAAUACGAUGAGCAAAUGGAACGAUUUAUUGCAAAGAAAAACCAGAUGGAUUUAGUGCAGGACUCUCUCGCUCAAGAAGAAGAAAAGGAAGAAGAAUGGCUCAAUGAGGAAGCUUUGCAAUUUUUGCUUUCUUGUUUCCCCACCAAUGUUAGAGUUUAUGACAAGAGCGAAGACUCAUUUACGGCAGAUGAUCUUGUUGUAUUGUUGAAGAAACUAUUCGAAGUUGGUGCAAUGAUGAAUUAUGAAAAUGAUAAGCUUCUUUCAUCUAAGAAAAAAGAUGGUUUGGCAGAAAGGGACAUUUUAAUUAGACAAAAAUCAUAUUAUGGAAAGGAUAUCAUUGACAUGUCCAGUAAUCUUGUGAAGGUGAUCCUUAAUAACUUGGCUGUCCAAGAAUUCAAUUGGAUGAGACACCAAUUCCAUCCCUCAAGCAAGGAGAGCAACAAUGAAAAGGCUCAACUCACAGGAUCAAAGUCUUGGAGUGGAGAAAUUUAUGAUUAUGCUGUCACACUUUUUGGAUUAGAAAGAGAAAAGAAGAGCAAGCAAGAGACACGAAAGAGAAUUUUUGACACAGCUGAUAACAAUGUCACACUUUCCAAGAUUCGAAACCUACUCUCCAAAAUUCAGAAGGAAUUGGAAAAAAUCAGUAUUGGAAGCUCUUCAAAAACCUGUAUGGAUUGGACAAUACUUUCUGCAUUGGCCAUUUAUUUGAAACAAUUGGUUAUUUCUAGCAUGUUCGAUCCGUGGGUUAUUGAGUCAGAAGAGCAAGGUAAACCAAUGGUUGAAGACUUGCUGAGAGUAUAUGAAUCUCUUUCCUCACUUUCUUCAGAAGAGCUGGUCGCAUUAUGUCAGAAAAAGGGUGAGGACUCCAUGCAAGAUGAAGACACUACCCAACCAACAGAAGUUCUCACAGAUUUAUUGGUCGUCAACAUUAAUGCUGAACCAAACUUGACCCUUGCAUCACGAAUUGUUUUCAUGACCCUUGCCAAAUAUUUGAACGAAGAAUGCUUGGACUUACUCUUCAAUUACUUGAUGAAUGACGGAGAAGUCGAUGAAAUUGAUGAAGAAGAUGAGAGCGACGAAGAAGAAGAUGAAGAAAGUGACGACGAAGAAGAAGAAAAGGCUGAUGAAAACAAUGAAGAAGAACAAACACAAAAUGGAGAAAAUUCCACAUCACAAGAUGCUGAAGGUACUGCUAUCAUUAGAAAUGAUGAAGACGAUGAAGAAGGAGGCAUUGAUCUUAACAAUCCAUCAGAUGUCUCACGUGUUCUUGAGCUAUUGAAAGCACGUAAUGAAGCAAAACGAAGAAAAUCAGAAGAGAAGCAACAAAAACUAAAGAGAAUGGAAUUUGCUAUGAACAUUGUUCAAGUACUGGAAGGACUUUGCAUUAAGAGCGUUCCACAACCAGUAUUGGUUCUUCUCUUAUUCAAAGGAACUCAAUACGUGUUAGAUAAGUUGUGGUAUCAAAAUAAUGAAGAUGUUGUUGACCAUCUCAAGAAGGCUACAGGAUAUGCUGUCAACACCAUUUUCAACAAGGUUUUCCAACUUGUAAUGAUUCUCACAAAGGAAUAUCGUCAACAAUUACUUUCGGAUGCUUCCACUAGCCCAUGUGCCAUUGUUUUCGACAAGGACGCCAAAGAAGCAUUAUUCGAAACCGCAAGAAUUUACGCUAUUGAAUUCUCUAAAUACGGCAAGUACUUGUCAUCGAUUCAAGGAAAAGCAAAGCGAGCUGUUCUUGCCAAGAGUUUAGCUCCUACUUUGAACAUGGAACAAUGUGCCCAUAUGCUAAGUAUUUAUAUCAGGUUAAUGUAUCUUCUUAGAACAGGAUCCAACAAAGUUAUGGAAUCUACUGAAUUGGAUGCUGAUAUCGAAAAGAUUUUAUUUGGCUCUGAAAAAUCCAUGACUGAUGAGGAAGAUAAUCUAGGAACAUCCAUGGAGUUGCUCAUUUCUCUUGCUCAAUCGGACGCCUCUAUUGCUUGCGCUCUCAGUAGCAAGAUUAUCACUUUUGCUCUUGAAAAGAUCAUUUACUCAGGUGACAAAAAGUAUCGAAACAAAAAAUCAGGGUUAAUUCUCGCUCAGCCACAUCAACGAGAAAUGUAUGACCGAAUUUUAGUGCAUUUAGUGAAACCUUAUCUUGCCACUUUGCUUGACAACAAAUCAUCUCAAGCCAACACAGUUUUACUCAUGAUCUUGGAUGCUUAUGUGAAAGACAUUUGUCCAGCAAUGAAAGUGAACAGAACUGUCAAGCCUAAGGCUCUCAAAAAGUGUGCCAGUGUUUUACUGAGCGUGUUGGAAUAUCUUUCUAACCACUCGACCAAACAAGACGAUUUCACAGAUGCUCAAAUGAAAGAGCUCAUUAUUUGCUUCUACUUUGUAUUUUACCACGCAGAAAAGAAGGAAAAGAAAUCUGAGGAGAAAUCUGUUUGGAGUCAAGCCCUUCCAUUGUUUGAAGCAUGGAGAAAGAGGUGGAAUCUUUUGAGCGAUGUUGAAUUCAUCCAACAAAACUUAAUUGAAUCGACACAAGAUUUGGAUAAAACAGCUAUUGAACUUUUGAAACAACGAAGAGAGACAUUCAAGAAUGAAAGAAAAGAACGAGUCAAGCAAGAACUUUUAAAACAACAACAAGAGGAAGACAAUAAGAAGAAACGAAAGAGAAAUGAAAAAGCAUUUUCUUCCACUUCUGGUGAGUCUAAGCAAGACGAAGCUGUGACGGAAACAAAGACCAACAAGAAAGAAAAAGUGGUACCUGAACAAAAAGAAAGCAGUCACGAAAGUUCAACCAAGAAACGAAAGACCACACCAACAGCGUUUGCUUUCAAUUCUGAUGAAGCUCCAGCCGAAACAAUAGAAGAAAUGAAAAAGAAGAGUGGUGUCAUUCCACCAACAUCCAAGAAUGCAAACACUAUGCAGACUUCAAAGAAACCACAAAAAUCAGAAAAGACAGCAUCCUUCAUGAAAGAAACUGCCUCGAGUGCUGCAAAAAAAGCUGCCAUCGCUGAAAGCAAGAAACCACAACCUUCAUCAAAGAAAAUCAAGAAAUAA